AUGGCUACAUCGGAUGGACUAGACGGCUGUCUGCAACGAGGCAGAUCUCAAAGUGACCCAAACAUUCUCACCGAAUCGGAGAUAGAACUGGUCCACGGCGCAGUGGAGGUAGCCGACCAGCAGAGGGUGCUAAGGACGGGAUGCCUGGUGACGGGGGUGCACACUCCACCAAUCAGAAGAAACAGUAAGCUGGCCACGUUAGGACGCCUCUUCAAGCCCUGGAAAUGGAGAAAAAAGAAAAACGAAAAGCUCAAACAGAGUUCUACAGAUGUAGCAUUAUCCAGCAGUCUUCUGUGCCAUGACUCCUCCUCGCCGACCCAGGGCUGCUGCUCAGAUGGGACGGUCCUGCUCGGGGGCUUUGGGGGUCCUCUGGGUGCUAACCUCACAGUAAGCAGUGUGGAGUAUCUAGGACCUGAUGAGAACCAUCUCUCUCCAGUGAGCAGUCCACUGCAGGAUGGAGGCUGUGUGGAGGAGAACAUGGCUCUCCCAGAGGAGGCCCGGGGUGACGAGCUGCACCCAGUGGGAGAGCUCUCUGAUGGGCUUCAAGAUGGGGCCGAGCCUGGAGAGGAUCCAGCAGAGCAGGAAGUAACAACAGGAAUAUCACCUCCACAAGUACCUCCCAAACUAGUGUCCCAGCACAGCUCAGGGGAAGACCCUGGCCCUAUGUCGCUGCCCACACACUUGCCAAACUCCUACCUCCAGCCCAAAGAGCCACCACCCCGGCCCCCUGAAACCAUGGUGACGAUGCCCCUGCCAUUAAGAGGGCCCCUUGGCAACCCCUCAGGCUCCCCACACCUCAACAUGAUCCACCCUCCCAUGCCCCCUAGCUGCAUCAUGGAGGAACUGCAAAGAGCAUUUGCCUCUAAGAACAGACAAGAGAGUGUCCAUGAGGGAUGUGAACAGAGUCUGUGGUGCUCGGACGGCCGGCUGUCCCGCUCCUGCAGCUCUGAGAACCAGCACUCGGGGCCUAUGGGCGGAGGCUGUAUUGGGGGGUCGGACUGGCCCAAGAAGGAGGCGGAGGAGAACAAGGAGAACGUUCGGCUGGACCAUUGCUUCUCCAUCACCUCAGGCCUGCCCUUUGACUUGGACAGCUGGAACGAGUCCGUCAUCUCUGGCACACUUCCUCGCAGGUUAAGGAAGGAGCUACUGGCUGUGAAACUACGAAACCGACCCAGCAAACAGGAAUUGGAGGACAGGAACAUUUUCCCUGCACGUAGCGACCAAGAACGCCAAGAAAUACGCCAACAGAUCGAGAUGAAGCUUGCCAAGCGGCUGAGCCAGAGACCAAAUGUGGAGGAGCUGGAGAGUCGGAACAUCCUCAAACAGAGGAACGACCAGACAGAACAAGAGGAGAGACGGGAGAUUAAACAGAGACUAAAUAGAAAGUUAAACCAGCGGCCGACAGUGGACGAACUGCGAGACAGAAAGAUUUUAAUCCGUUUUAGUGACUAUGUGGAAGUGGCCAAAGCUCAGGACUACGACCGGAGAGCAGACAAGCCCUGGACCCGGCUCUCAGCAGCUGAUAAGGCGGCAAUCAGAAAAGAGCUGAACGAAUUCAAAAGCACGGAGAUGGAAGUGCACGCAUCCAGCAAACAUCUAACCAGGUUCCACCGACCGUGAAUGCAGAGCUUUCUUCUGUGAAGAAAUGCAGGUCUUAGAGGUUUUCUGAGGCUGUGGAAGGCUGCUCAGAGCUGACAGUUCAAAGAGCCUGGAGCCUCCUUGUCUUCGGUGUCUUUAGCAUUCCUCUAGUGCCCUUAGCCGCUGUACCAUAAGGAGGCAGGGUCUGAGGAAGAGGAGGAGGUUUUGUGGCAGAGUGUCCUGGAGACCACUUAAAGCUGCCACUCAAUGGACUGAAGGAGCAUCUGCCUCUGUGGCAGAGGGAUACAGUGUUGUCAGUGUUGUUCAUUUUGUACUAUUUCAUGGACUCCUUUGACGAGGCGGCGUGAUCCGUGUAGUCGACGAAGUUGUGCAUGUGACCAGCUUCACUUUUUUUACCUGAAUAAUGUGUCACUGGGACUGUGAGAACUGUGCAGUCUGAUGGGGACAGGGUUUGAUAUGAACUGUACAUACAGUAUGUCAAUGAUUGGGACAAAGUCAAUGUCCUUACUGAAAAGAGAAUACCUUUGUAAGCACCACUUGUCUUCAAAAUACAAGA